AUAGAAUCAAAGGGAAUCGAAAUUGUGCCUUUCGGUUGUCAUCGCGAUAAAAGAGGGACUGGUAAAACAGGCAAUGUUAUAAUACCGACUGUGCUCUACGCAUGCAGCCUUAAUCUCAUCUGGGGGUGGUUAGUACCCCACAAUCAUGACUCCUCGGGAACAGGUCAUGUCCUGUCGUUUUAUAUCUACAGUCAGGGGAAACAAAAAAGUACCGCUACAUACUUCAAGUAGUAAAAUUCCCGCCAAUAAUUAACGUUGUUCAGUGACUACAGUUAGAUUUGUAGUCACUGACGACUGUGAUCAAAAGGGUUCAAAAAAUACAUGUUAUAAGUGAGCUAAGGAUAAUAGAAAUGGUUCGACGAAAAUCUGAUUCCAGACGGGGACCACCUAGUCAAACAUCUAGUACCCACACUUUAGUACAUAAACCUAAACGUUCACGAGUUUUGCGAGAAAUUAAAUAUUUAAGGAGGACUGUACAUUUAGUGAUACCAAAACUUCCUUUCGCUCGUUUAAUUAGAUCAAUUAUGUUUGAUUUAUUUCCAAGACUAGAUAUUAGAAGAAUACAAUCAAGUGCAAUUCAAGCAUUGCAUGAAUCAGCAGAAGCUUAUAUUGUUCAGUUCUUUGAAGAUUGUGUGCUAGUGUCACGCCAUGCAAAGCGUGUUACACUCAUGAUUAAUGAUGUGAUUUUGUUAAGACGACUUAGGGGAAGGGAUGAUAUUAUAAACAGAUAAUUUAAUUUUGUACAGUGCAUAGCAAAUUUGCAAUAUAUAGUUCAUAAUUUAGUAUUAAUGACAUGCAUUGUGUUAUAAUCUGACUGCCAUGGACUCUGUCCUAUUGAUGUACAAGAUUGUAAUUAUUAAUUAUAUUUUUAUGUAAAAGAGUAAUGUCGAAAAAAGGUGGAAAACUGUAAAUGACAUAAUAGAAUUAAUAAAUGUUAUAUCCUUGUACAUUUUAUUGAAUAAAACUUUAUAUCGAAAGAAAGUAUGUAAAAUCUUUAACACGUUAAGCCAAUAAUGUUUUACUGAAUAAAAUUUAUUUUAUGGGAAACAUUCAAACUGUUGAUAAAAUUAUUACGUUUACUUUACGAAACUUUGGUAAAAUAUACAUUUCUUGAUUCUUAGGUAGGAUCUUAGAAUAUUACAAUGUCGAAGCUUCGUAAGGUUCACUUCGUACGGAUUUGUUCGAACUUGCUAUAUACGUAAAGAUAACAGUUAAAACAUUUAUUAAACAAUAAAAUGGCGUAACUAAUCGUUACAAUUCUUAUUAUUUCAUAGGGGUUAGCUGCCUUCACUCACGGUAUACGUCGUAAGUGGAACAUUACUUUAUGAUAAUCCUUAAAAAAAACCGACUAAAAAAUAGUAUUACAAAUAACAAUGCUACCUACCUACAUAUUUAUAUACCUAUAUAAUACAAUUGAAUAAGGAAAUAUAAAAGACACCUGAAAAAGCAGGCUAACUCCUUCGAAUUCGUGUAUAUUUUGGAACAGUAUGUCGUAUUUCCUAAUCCUGAAUUUCUAAGAAGACACUUUGUUAUAGGCACAGCAUUAGUCACACUUUUAUGCUGCCUGUCAUUGUACAGAAGAGAAAUUACGAUAACACGUAAUUUUUCCAUGGCGAUGCUUUAGUUCUCUGCGUGUUCUUCAAAUAUCAUGUAUACCCAUCGUCUGGCAGAAAUUUGAUUUCAAGGGGAACGAGAAAA